AUGAUGUCCUUUCCUCGCGAUGACUGCGGCAGCAGCAGCAUGCCGGCUGCCCCGCCCCAGCAGCAGCAUCAGCGACAGCAUCAUCUGCUGCAACAGCAAUCGCGCCCUGCACAGAUGCCGACGGCGUCGUCGCAAGAGCAUGGGCAGUACUCCAUCUCUCCCGGGCCAUACAAUCCUUCUACUGCAGCCACCAUCCUUACUGCUGAUCAGCACCAGCAAUGUGACCUCCAGCAACGUCUGCUUCAGCAUAAGCCGCCCGCCGUGAACAUGUACGCUCUCACCUCGGCGAGCCUUGUGGAUGUGGGUGGCCCUCCCGGUGCGCAGUCCCCCAUGACAUCCAUGCAACCGCAACAGCACCACCAUGUCGCUCCUUCCCUGUCAAAGCAUUCGUCCUUGUCGGAGCUGAACAACCCGAACGCGACACAGCUGCACGGACUUCUCCCCGAAACUAGCGCCGCCGCCAGUGUACCUGGUCUCUUCCUGACGGCGCUGACUUCUUCGUCGCCUGCGCACCGUCGACCCAGUGUGCUGAGCAGUAACGACAACAGCGGUCACAGCACCAGCAGCCCCCUCCCCCUGGCCCAGCGACUGCAGCCUGUUUUUGUGGACACGACGUCGGCGGCGUCGAUCUUGUCCCCCUCCUCUCCAGAUCCGCAGCAGCUGCACAGAACGGCGGCCAUCACGCCCUUCACCACGUGCCCCCCUCUGUCACACAGAGCGCCGCCUCCGGUAGACGCCUAUCCCACCUCUCCACACUCGCCAGCUGGUUACGGUAGCGGCGGCAUCCCCUCACCCCUCCAACAGCACCAGCAGCAGCAACUGCACUUGCUCUCUGUUGGGGCUAACGCUGCGACACCAGAGGACCUGGUGCCCUUCGCCACCACCACCGCUCCCCCGUCGCUUCCCUCGCCGGGAGCAGUCGCGACACCGACCACGGCAACAGCGACGAGUCUCGGUGCGCUGGCGGGCCUUGACGACCUACAGCAGGCACAUGAGCGACCCUUUCGUUUCAAAGUACUGCCGCCGCCGCCGACGUUUGAGGGGUUCCUCAUGCUGUGGGAGACGAACGCGUCUGAUCGGCACUCUUCUGGUGCCACGACGAUGGGCGAGGACACGAGCAGCAACAGCAUCACGCAGCAGCAGCAGCAGGGAAUCGCUCACGGAGGGGGCCACAGCAGUGGCGGAGCUGCUCCAGCGAUGGAGCGAGGCAACGUGGAGGCGGUGCUGCGAGCGUCUACCAGUGAGCGUGCCGAACCCCGUCGGUCUGCCAGCGAUUUGGGCGCCUUGAGUGCUGCCGAAGACGACGAGGCCUCGGACGGCGCCGCGCCAUGCAAAGCAGCUGCAGCAGUCAAUGUGUCCGAUAAAACCCGCAUCAGCGGCAUGUCGGGCCAAACCAUACCAGAGCGGCGUGCCAUGGUCGCCCAGUACCGCCAAAUCCUCGAGCGAUGGUGGGCGUAUAUGGUGAUUUUCGCGAGUAAGCCCGAAGUACAGCAGCGGCUGGGCAACAUGCAUCUGUGUCCGUCUUUCGCAGAUGCACAUCAGGCGGUAGCAGCUGCUGUGGCAGCAGCAGCCUCACCGGUCGGAAGUGGGAGUGGGGUGCUUGAUGGUGGGCCGACGGACGCUUGGCAACCUAAUGUGCUCACCGUACCCGCGGCGUCAGCAGUCUCCCCGAUACCGGCGACGACAGCGGACCCGUUCAUAACGGAGGAAGUUGUCCUGCAGGCCUGGUCGACGCUACUGCUACAGUGGUGGGAAGAAACGAAGCAGCGCCGUCGUCCUCGGAGUCGUCACGGGACACUGUGCCGAGGAGCACCCCCAACUCGAAUGGACGACGACGGAGUGGACAGCACCAGAAGCGGCAACGAGACGCGCGACGCCGCGUCAUCGGAAAGUGUGCACUCCUACGAACUGUCGAGCGCGGAGGAGGGGCGCCUCACCCGAUCGCUGCCUCCGCCUGACCACGACGUCCUCCUGCACUUUAACUUCACGAUCCAGUCGGCGUCAAGCAGCCGAACGGACAGCUUGCAGUUGUGA